UCCUGCCCUUGUUAUAAGGAUAUUGGCGGGCUGACGGUAUACCUAAGUAUUAACAUUUGACUACCCCACCACCUUCUGGAUCCAUCAUGGUCUCCUCAACCACAAUCCCCAAAUCUUAUAUUCUUGGUGUGAUCAAGACGGCGGGAGUAACAAUUCGGUAUAAAUCUUGAAAAGGAAUACCUACCAUGGCAGUCCUUCAAGAUCUCCCAACCGAGACCUUAAUCCUAAUCCUCCGCUUUCUCGGCGCGAUUGACCUACAAGCCACAAUCCUCGCACAGCGCGUGAGCAAGAGAUUUCGGGACAUAAUUCAAGAUGCAGUUCUACGCAGCGCUUCACCAAUUGCGACUCAGCUUUACCCCGGAAAUCCUUGGUCUCAAGAGGAAAUCAACCCAUUACUCCAGGCUAAAUUCAAAGGCCUCUUCGAUUCCGUGUACUCCUCCACAGAAGUUGAACGCUACCGUUACCGGGUGCUGGCGCUCGACCGCGACGCGACAUUGCUGUUCUGGCGUGUCUUAUGGGCUGCGGGCGUAUCUCGAGAGGCAUAUCUACGACCCGAGGCGUCGUGGCGUGGAUUAAGCCCGACGUUUGGGGUAGCUCCGCGCAUAAGACAUCUGGACAUAGUCAAGCACUUUCUAAGAGAAGAAGGGCCUCCGGUUUCUUACUUACAGGUUGAGCUUCCCGAGUCAGGGUUAAGCAUGGGACUUUUACAUGAUAUCUUGCUCUGCGAGGAGACGCUCUACGGACAUGACAUGAGGAGCUGGCAGUUGCUUGUUGGGCAGAGUCUGAAGAGUUUUGAUGUCCUAUAUCGAUGGGGUUGCUUCAUUAUUGAACUUUAUGAGCCGGAGCUUGUGACCGAGACGGCCGAUGGAGCACUAUUGUUUGUGAGGGGUGGCUACCGAUCUAAAGAAACUCAAUUAGGCCGGAACGAGCGGGUGUCGCGGCGCUUGAUGAACGCCAAGCCGAAGUUCUUGCCCUGGCAGGGUCCUUUCAUAGAUCCAGAGGAGACGGAUUGGCUCUAGACUUGUAGAACCACUGAGGGACCCGGCACAUAGUAAACAAGCGACAGCAUCUAGUUGAAGUAACCGCAUUGAAUAAGCGCU